CCAGCCGGCAGCCUCGCCGCGGUCUGGGCUGCCCGCUCCGGGCUGCGGCCUGCGCCGGGUGCUGCUGAGCUGCUAGGCAGCGGCCAGGGCCGGCCGGGGGUCGCUGGCGCCAGGUGAACACAGCGGCAUGAGGCGGAGGUGAGGACCGGCUCACCCCGAGCUCGGGGUUUCCGCGGACGACGGCGGGCGGCCCGGAGCAGAUUAAUCUGACAGUGUCAAGUGGAUCAACCGCCAUCCCACUGCCCCCUUUGUCUGGUGUGCUUAGAGUGGGGAAGCAUGGAGGAGAGUAAGAAUGAGACAAUGAAUCAAGCACACACCCUCUUUGACCAGUUUGUGCAGGCUACCACCUGCAAGGGGACUCUUAAGGCCUUCCAAGAGCUCUGUGAUCACCUGGAACUGAAGCCUAAGGACUAUCGCUCCUUUUAUCACAAGCUCAAGUCCAAGCUCAACUACUGGAAAGCCAAAGCCCUCUGGGCAAAGCUGGACAAACGGGGCAGCCACAAAGACUACAAAAAGGGAAAAGCAUGUACUAACACCAAGUGUCUCAUCAUUGGAGCUGGCCCCUGUGGUCUCCGCACAGCCAUCGACUUAUCCUUACUGGGAGCUAAGGUAGUUGUUAUUGAGAAACGAGAUGCCUUCUCCCGCAACAAUGUCUUGCAUCUCUGGCCGUUCACCAUACAUGAUCUGCGAGGUUUGGGUGCCAAGAAAUUCUAUGGCAAGUUCUGUGCUGGAGCCAUUGACCAUAUCAGUAUCCGUCAGCUUCAACUAAUACUUUUGAAAGUAGCAUUGAUCCUAGGAAUUGAAAUUCAUGUCAAUGUAGAAUUCCAAGGACUCGUACACCCUCCUGAGGACCAAGAAAAUGAACGGAUAGGUUGGCGGGCACUGGUGCACCCUAAAACCCAUCCUGUGUCAGAAUAUGAAUUUGAAGUGAUCAUUGGAGGGGAUGGCCGUAGGAACACCUUGGAAGGAUUUCGUCGGAAAGAAUUUAGAGGCAAACUGGCCAUUGCCAUUACAGCAAAUUUUAUCAACCGAAAUACAACAGCAGAAGCCAAAGUGGAAGAGAUCAGUGGAGUGGCUUUCAUAUUUAACCAAAAAUUUUUCCAGGAGCUCAGGGAAGCUACAGGUAUCGAUUUGGAGAACAUCGUCUACUACAAAGAUGACACACACUAUUUUGUUAUGACAGCCAAAAAGCAGAGCCUACUGGACAAAGGGGUGAUACUGCAUGACUAUGCCGACACAGAGCUCUUGCUUUCCCGGGAGAAUGUGGACCAAGAGGCUCUGCUGAACUAUGCCAGGGAAGCAGCAGACUUCUCCACCCAGCAGCAGCUACCAUCUCUGGAUUUUGCCAUCAAUCACUAUGGGCAGCCCGAUGUGGCCAUGUUCGACUUCACUUGUAUGUAUGCCUCUGAGAAUGCUGCCUUGGUGCGAGAGCAGAAUGGACACCAGUUACUAGUGGCUCUGGUUGGGGACAGCCUCCUGGAGCCUUUCUGGCCAAUGGGAACAGGAAUUGCCCGGGGCUUUCUAGCUGCUAUGGACUCCGCCUGGAUGGUACGAAGUUGGUCUCUAGGAACAAGUCCCUUAGAAGUCCUGGCAGAGAGGGAAAGCAUUUAUAGGUUGCUGCCUCAGACAACCCCCGAGAAUGUGAGUAAAAACUUCAGCCAAUACAGCAUAGACCCUGUCACCAGAUAUCCCAAUAUUAACAUCAACUUUCUCCGGCCAACCCAGGUGCGCCAUUUAUAUGAUACCGGAGAAACAGAAGACAUUCAUUUGGAAAUGGAGAACCUGGUGAAUUCCCAAACUGCCCCAAAGCUGACUCGCAAUGAGUCUGUACCUCGUUCAAGCAAACUGCUUGGUUGGUGCCAAAGGCAGACAGAUGGCUACACAGGGGUCAGUGUGACAGAUCUCACUAUGUCUUGGAAAAGUGGCCUGGCCCUAUGUGCAAUUAUCCAUAGAUACCGCCCUGAUCUGAUAGAUUUUGAUUCUUUGGAUGAACAAAAUGUGGAGAAGAAUAACCAACUGGCCUUUGAUAUUGCUGAAAAGGAACUGGGCAUUUCUCCCAUCAUGACAGGCAAAGAGAUGGCCUCGGUGGGGGAGCCUGACAAGCUGUCCAUGGUGAUGUACCUGACCCAGUUCUACGAGAUGUUCAAAGACUCGCUCCCCUCCAGCGAUGCCUUGGACCUGAGCGCUGAAGAGAAAGCAGUCCUGAUAGCCAGCACCAAAUCUCCUAUCUCCUUCCUCAGCAAGCUUGGGCAGACCAUCUCUCGGAAGCGUUCUCCCAAGGAUAAGAAGGAAAAGGACUUGGAUGGUGCUGGAAAGAGGAGAAAGACCAGUCAAUCAGAAGAGGAGGAAGUGCCCCGUGUGUGCAGAGGAAGAGCCACAUUAGUGAGCACUCUGCCUGACAGGAGGACUGAUGUCACACUCAGCAACCAGAACAAAGUAAAGUACAUGGCAACCCAGCUGCUGGCCAAGUUUGAAGAGAAUGCACCUCCACAGUCCACUGGCAUAAGGAGACAGCCAACACAAGAGCGUGGGGUCAGCCAGCCGUCCUACUGCCUACCUGAGCAGGGUCUCCCUGCUCCCACCCCACAGUGGAAACAGGGCUCAGUAAAGAAGGAGUUUCCACAGAACUUGGGAGGCAGCGACACGUGCUAUUUUUGCCAGAAGCGGGUCUACGUGAUGGAGAGACUGAGUGCCGAGGGCAAGUUCUUCCAUCGGAGCUGCUUCAAAUGCGAGUACUGUGCCACCACUCUGCGCCUCUCGGCCUAUGCCUAUGACAUCGAGGACGGUAAAUUCUACUGCAAACCACACUACUGUUACCGACUCUCCAGCUCUGCACAGAGGAAGAGACCAGCAGUGACUCCUCUGUCUGGAAAGGACGCCAGAGUACCCCUGCAGCAUGGCCCCAUUGCAGACGCAAAUGGAUCGGCCAGUACCGUCACCAACCCUGCUGAUAGAACUCCAGGUUCAGGUGUGGAUGGCCUGGAGGAGCCCAGCAUUGCCAAGAGACUGAGGGGCACCCCUGAGAGGAUUGAGCUAGAGAACUACCGCCUGUCGGUGGAGCCGGCAGAGGAGCUGCAGGAGGUGCCUGAGGAGACACAGGCCGAGCACAACCUGACCAGCGCGCUGGACAAGGGCCUGGAGGAGGACGUGGCCAGCAGCAGUUCUGAGUCUGAGAUGGAGGAGGAGGAGGAGGAGGAGCCUCCACUGCCUACCUCGGACCUGGGUGGCGUUCCUUGGAAGGAAGCUGUGAGGAUCCAUGCUCUUUUAAAGGGAAAGAGUGAAGAGGAACUGGAUGCCUUGAAGAGCUACGAGCCUAACAAUGACAAUGAGGAGGAGGACUACGACGAGGAGGAGGGAGAGGAAGACUCUGACGAGGAAGAGGAGGAGUCUAGUGAAGCUGGGAGCCAGAGGCUACAGCAGAUCAUAAAUGCAACCGAUCCCUUGGAAAUCCAGGCUGAUGUGCACUGGACACAUGUUCGUGAGAAAGAGGAGGAGGAGCGAAUGGUACCAACCUCUGAGCCCUCCACUUCCAGAGUGCCUGACCUUCCCUCCAUACGCCGUGCAGCAGUUCAGGCCUGGCUGGAGACAGUGUCCGGAGCCCCGUUUGGUGAGGAUGGCCUGGAGGAAGAUGUGGAUUCAGAGCCAGCAGAGAACGGGGACACGGGGGACACUGGUGCUGAGCUGGAUGAUGAUCAGCACUGGUCUGACGACAUCCCAUCAGAUGCGGAAAUAGAGUUUUGCAGGCAGCACCAAGAGGUGGUAGAAGCGGAGCUGGAGCUGAACGUCUCAGAAAACCAGGACGAACGACCCCCUGCCACUCUACAGCAUAACAAGAGAGGUCCCUCCCAAGUCUCCAGUCCUACCUGGUCCCCUUCAGAACAAGCUGUUCUGUUCUCUCCUGCCCACAGCCCCGUGGGAGAGGGGGCCCGGAUUCCACUCCCCUCUGAGGCUACCAAGGUGAAAUUGCCCAAGGAGCACCUUUUCCCAGAGCUUUUGGUUUCCAAAGCAAAGUUCAAAGCAGAAGUUCCCACUGAUCAGAAAGCGGUGCACUCUCCCAUCCAGUCCCAGCCAGCAGCUCUGCUGGAAGCCAGGACACAUACCUCUCCAGUUAGUUCACAGGGCCUGUCCCCAUUGGCCACUUCCACCAUCACCCCCACUCAGCUCCCCAUUUGCUCCCAGCCUAAACCUUCCUGUGAGGCCACCAUUCCAUCCUCCACCAAGUCCCCCAUAUGCUUCCAGCCUGUUCCAGUGAAAACAUCCACUCCCUUCACCCCCCUCCACAUGAAGAACCAAGGGGAUGCCAAGGACAGACUGGGCAGCCCUCUUGCUAUGGACGAGGCCCUGAAGCCAAACGACUUGGUGGCCGAGUUCUGGAUGAAGAGCGCGGAAAUUCGCCGCAGCCUUGGGCUCACACCCGUGGAUCGGAGCAAGGGGCCCAAGCACAGCUUCCCCUCACCUGCCUUUAAGCCCUUGUCCCUAAAAUCCUAUUCAGUUGAGAAGUCUCCUCAGGAUGAGGGGCUCCAUCUUCUAAAACCUCCACCUAGGAGACUGGCAAAGUCAGAUAGUGACCAGCCCUCUCUGCCAACCCCCAAGUCCCCGUCUGACAGAGAACUAAACAGCUCUCACGAGGAGCGAAGAGACCUAUCCAACAGUUCUGGGCUGGGACUUCAUGGGAGCUCCUCCAACAUGAAGACCUUGGGCAGCCAGAGCUUCAAUACCUCAGACUCCACCAUGCUCACUCCACCCUCAAGCCCGCCUCCACCCCCACCCCAGGAUGAGGAGCCCGCAACUCUUCGAAGGAAGCCAUCUCAGCUAUAUGGGCAGGAAACCAAACCCAAGGCCUCCGUAAUCCCACCCCCCCCACCUGCCACCUUUAUGCGGCCCCCCCGGGAGCCUGCCCAGCUGCCCCGGGAGGAGGUACGGAAGUCAUUUGUAGAGAGUGUAGCUGAGAUCCCCUUUGCUGAUGACGUGGAGGAUACAUAUGAUGACAAGACCGAGGACUCAGAUCUGCAGGAGAAGUUCUUCACGCCCCCUUCCUGCUGGCCCCUCUCUGACAAGCUCCUCCCCCCACCCCUAGCCACGGAGAAUGUCAGGUUGCUUACUCUCGAGAGCAGGGUCCAACUGCAGAAGAGGGGGCUACCUGUCGUCUCUCCAGAAGCCAAGGAGCUAGCUGAGGAGCGCAUGCGAGCCAGAGAGAAGUCUAUAAAGAGCCAGGUGUUGAGAGACGCCAUGGCCAAACAGCUGAGUCGGAUGAAGGAGAUGGAAAUUGGGGCUGAGACCUUCAGGCCCCCAGGAGGCACCUGCCACAAAGCCUCCUCAAUGCCCUCUAAAGGCAAAGCCCUUGGCCUUAAAUCGCCUAAACACCCGGUGCACAAAGGCCCUGAGCAGCCCACCUUGAAACACAAAACCACUAGUGAAGAAUUCCUCUCCCCCACAUUGGACUCUGGGGCCCCAGAUGGUUCAGUCACUUCAUCCGAGGGCUCUAGCGGGAAGAGCAAGAAGAGAUCGUCACUCUUCUCCCCCCGUAGAAACAAGGAGAGAAAAUCUAAAGGUGAGGGCCGGCCCCUGGAGAAACACAGCCCAGAUCUCCUGGAGGAAGCAGCUGCCAAGCCCAGGUCCUUGUGGAAGUCGGUCUUCUCAGGGUAUAAGAAGGACAAGAAGAAGAAGGGUGACAACAAGUCCUGUUCCAGCACCCCUUCCAGUGGUGCCACUGUGGACUCUAGCAAGCACAGGAUGUCUCCAAUAGUGAGAGCAGAGCUGCAGCUGCGGGACCAGCUGAGUUUCUCCGAGGACUCUGACCUCUCCAGCGACGACAUCCUCGAGAAAGUCUCCCAGAAGUCCAAGCGAGAGCCAAGAACUUACACAGAGGAGGAACUGAAUGCCAAGCUGACCCGGCGUGUGCAGAAGGCAGCUCGGAGACAGGCCAAGCAAGAGGAACUUAAGCGGCUGCACCGAGCCCAGAUCAUCCAGCGGCAGCUGGAGCAGGUGGAGGAGAGGCAGCGACAGCUGGAGGAGAGAGGUGUUGCUGUGGAGAAGGCGCUCCGUGGGGAAGCAGGCAUGGGCAAGAAGGACGACCCCAAGCUGAUGCAGGAGUGGUUCAGGCUGGUGCAAGAGAAGAAUGCCAUGGUGCGCUAUGAGUCGGAGCUGAUGAUCUUCGCCCGGGAGCUGGAACUGGAAGACCGGCAGAGCCGACUGCAGCAGGAACUGCGGGAGCGAAUGGCAAUGGAAGAUCACCUUAAGACCGAAGAGGAGUUGUCAGAGGAGAAGAAGAUCCUGAAUGAGAUGCUGGAGGUGGUGGAGCAGAGAGAUGCCCUUGUGGCCUUGCUAGAGGAACAGCGCCUCCGAGAGAAAGAGGAAGACAAGGACUUGGAGGCUGUCAUGCUGUCAAAGGGCUUCAGCCUCAACUGGUCCUGAGCUCCCACCAUGCUCUGCUCGCUGGCCUGUGGAACCCGCCUGACCUAACUGGGCUCUUCUACACCACCUAGACCCAAGCUCGGAGAAGGCCCAGCAGCUCCUGGGAGUUUGCACUCCAAUGUCCGCGCCUCUUAGAAAGCAGAUCAAGUGUCUGUGCUGUGGGGAAUCCCAAGUGAAGAGGAGUAUCUGAGGCGGCUCUGCCUCCUCGAAUAGACUCACCCUGACUUCCCGAUCCAAGGAGUGAAGGCCAUGGAGUGCAGAGGAUUAAUGUGGGGAAAAGACAGUUCCCCAGGAAUGCGCAGUGACAGCGCCCCUCCUUGAGCAGGCACGUGUGAUGAGAGAAGGGAGCUGCUCCCCCGCUGCCAAAACCACAGCCACCAGAGUGCACCCCACGGAGAGGGAGGGGCAGCUGUCUUCUUCACGCUCCCUGAAGCGCCCCAAAGACACAGGCGCGUCCCGGGAAGCCACCUGUGAACUGAGUGAGAGGGCGUGGCCGGUCAGGGUGAUGCCUAUCCUGCGUCACCUGGACGCCGAGGGGACCCCAGCUCCUGAGUUCAUUAUACAAGUAAGGAGGAUAUAGGAGGAGUCUGCUCCCCAGCCCCACACCACACACUGGACUCCACAUGGCCAAAUGCCCCGGGCCUCCCUCUGACUAUGGCCUGAGGGUUGUGUAUUGCUGCAUUUUGCUUUUAAUUCACAACCAUUUUAACACUGGAAAAUACUGACUUUGGGAGAUGGGUGAGGCUCUACAUUUCAAGCCCCAGUCACUGUUCAGUACUUCAGUUGGGGCAGAAGUGAUCCUCCUUGGUGUUUUUCCUGCAUUUGCACAUUGAAAUGAAGCUGACAAUCUAGCAAGACACUCAGCCACUUCAGACUCCUUUUUUCAAUUAACUUAUUUUUUUAAUACUUGAAAAAAAAUUCAUUUUUAUAUCUUUACUAAAGACACUGAUCACCUGGCACCUGGUGUGGAAGUGACAGAGGUAGCCAUGCCAGCCUGCCUGCAUUCUUGCUACAUCCAUCUAUUUAUUAGCGCACCUUCUUUAUAGAGUUACUGACCCCACUGACAUCAGAAAGCAGCGAGUCCCUCAUGGGGUCCCCCCACUCACAGCUCUUCUGUCCCCUCCUAUACUGUUUCUGGAUCUUCCUCCUCCUCCACCUGGUACCCUGUUCUCUGGCGCCAAACUUUAUGUCUCCACCACCUACUUGUCAAAGAGACAUGUCAGCACUGUUUGAAGCCAGACCAGCAGGCACAGAUGCCACUUGUCUCUCCCUGUGGGAAUAUUGGCUCUGCAGAACCCGUUUUUUCUCAGUGUUGGUACCAGGGGUUUUUAACCUCCCGUAACACAUUUAUUACAGGAAGUUGGGAGUGGGCCCUCUUCUAGGCUGGCUGAGACAGUGCCUGGUAGGACCUUGUAUCCAUCUGAUUAGGAUCCCCUCAGCCCAGCCUCAAACCCAACCGGAUAGACGUGCACAGGUGGGGUCUUAGGUAUUGGGGUGUAGGUUGGUCUCUCCAAACUAGUAACAGCUCCAGCCCAGACCUCCACAGUUCCCGGAUCUUCAGGUGGCGGGCAAGGGAUGAUAAAGCACCAUGUAACUAGCUCCAUGAGCCAAACGGCUUAUUUCUUUCAGCUCAGCCACGGUCUGAGGAAACCUGGUGGGUCACCACAUGUCCACCCGCAGAAUUAGCUCAUGGUGAGCCCAGGAGUGGGCCCGCCAGUGCCAGGCCAGCCUGGGAGGGGGUUCUAGCCACUCCUGUGUGGAGGGGCCCAGGGAGAGAGAACGGAGGCGUGGCAGCUCUUCAGGCCACCGAGGGCAGACAGAUUGGGCAUCCGUGCUGGCCUGGGAACUUCCAUGGGAAACCACACUGUGCCUCAACUUGAACAUUCGUUCUCACUACAAAGGAGCAAAGAACCUGUCUUCUUCUUCACUUUGUCCCGAAGCGGCCAUCUCCUCCUGUGGAAACCCAGGAGUAGGUUGCUGACGGCCACCACAGCUCUGACUUCUUCACUUCUUGUUUUCAGAUGAGGCAGGCAGAGUCUCUGUUUUAAUUCUCUUUUCUUAAAAGGGGGAGAGAAGGGUAUUCUAGAGUCCAUCUUUAAACCCCAACUUCCAAUAAAAUUGAACUUGGGUCAGGACCUUUAUCGCCUUUGUGGCCUUUUCCCUAACCCUCCACCUCUCAAAGGCCACCAUACCUGACCAUGCCCCAGGAGAGCUGCCUCCCUCCAUUGUAGCUCCUGCUAACUCCAGGACAAGGAAGCAGUUUAGGAAGUGGCUGGGAGGGAUGUGGCCAUAGUGAUCCUCUCUAAGUGGCUCAAUGUAGCAGGGGCAUGAGAUGUUACUGCCUGCCUCUUGCUGCCAGCCAAUACUGCGUCCUUCCAAAGUGCACACUACUUCCUUCAGUUGCUAGAAAGGGACUGAAGACUUUGCAGAGAAGCUUUAAAAAUCCACAAGCCUGUGAAAUGUUCCCCUGCACAGCACUCCCAACAGUACUUUUUUCAAAGCUUCCAUUUUAUAAUCACUGGUUUGCAGUUUAUUCAGUACCUGGUGACAUGCUGCAUGAAAUGUUUUCCAACUCUGGAAAUGCAUGCAGCCCCAGGCAGGUUUUUCUUCUCAAGAGUUAAGUCCCCUUGAUGGCAGGGGGAACAGGAUAUAUAUUCAUCUGAAAAACCUGAGGUUGGGUGAGCCCCAAACACCAGGCCACACACAGUGGGCUCCAAGCUCAGCGCCACCUAGGGCAGCAGCAGGCACUACCACCCGAGUCAGUCACUGUGGUGGGGCUGGCCAACAGGAAUGGGAGGUUCUAACCCUGCUCAGAUGGCGUAUUUGAGCCUUCGCCCUCAGGAGUUAAUUCUCCAGCUUCUUUUGACCAGCAAAGAUAGAUUAUUCUUUAUCCCUUCCAAAAGAAGACAUUUUCAGUCAGGCAGGAAGUGGAAAGAAUUUAAAGAAAAAAAUUCCUAAAGUGGUAACAACUGAGCUACAAAGGGGAAUGGGCCAUUUUAUGCACAAUAAAAGUUUUAAAAGGAA